AUGACGACCCACCUGGCCCGAACAGCAUUCACGUACCCGCUCCAAACGCCCAGUUGGUUCGCGGGCCACAUGGCCAAGUCGCUGAACCAGCUGCCCGCGCUGCUGGAGGAGGUCGACCUCGUUCUCGAAGCGCGCGAUGCGCGAUUACCUCUCACCAGCGUCAACCCGGCUUUUGACAAUGUGCUCGAGCACGUGUGGGGGCAUUCUGGUGCCGGACCAGACCGGCACGGCAAGGGCAAGGAGAAGCUUGUCGUAUACACGAAGCGGGAUCUCGCCGAGCAGCGGUACGAGGCGCCUCUCCGGAGAGCCUUCCAGAAUCUCACGGGUCAGCGGGUACAGUUCGCCGACUCGACUGUGGACAGCAACGUCCGCGCCGUCCUCAAGGCCGCCGUCAACAUUGCGAAGGAGCGCGGGGAGACGUUGACCGACCUCAAGGUGCUGGUUGUUGGCAUGCCGAAUGUGGGCAAGUCUUCGCUGCUCAACGCUCUGCGACGCGUAGGCGUCAAGAAGGGCAAGGCGUUCACGACCGGCGCUACGCCAGGCGUCACGCGCAAGCUCACAGGAACAGUCAAGGUGUAUGAGAAGCCGAACGUGUACGUUUUUGACACGCCCGGCGUCAUGGUUCCCUACCUUGGAAAAGGGGAGGUGGGAGCGGAGCGUGGGCUGAAGCUCGCCCUGACGGCGGGCAUCAAGACGGGCCUAUUUGAGGAGGAGGUCGUGGCCGACUACCUCCUGUACAAGAUGAACCUGCGCCUAGCCGCCGAGGAAAUGGUGGGCAGUGAUCAUCGUCACGCGCCGUACACGCAAUUCCUGGGCCUGCAGGCCACCGCAGCCAGCGAUGACCUGAACGAGUUCUUGGAAUCCCUCGCCGCGCGCCUGGGAGGACUGAAGAAGGGUGGUGCACUCGAUACCGAGAGUGCGCUGACGUAUCUCCUGCGCGUGUUUCGGGAGGGCAAACUGGGUCCUUGGACGCUGGACGACCUCGACGGCGCCGAGGAGGCGUACAUCGAGAAAUACGGCGAGGAGCGCGCUCCAGAGGCCAACAUGCGAUACUCGGAGCUCGGGGCCGUGGGCGUCACCCCAGCCACGGAUCUGAUCGAGGAACCGCCGAUAGACCUGGGCGAUGGGCCGGAGCCUCCUGCCUCCACACCCAUUGUUCAGGCUGCAGUGCAGAAUGUCGAGGCUGAGGGGGGCGUGACGCCGGUCCAUUUGUCAUUAGACCAGCGGGUCAUGCUCUCAGUGUCGAGAUUCAUGGACCAGCUCGCGGAACAGAAGGCCGAUGAAGAGGCGGGACGGAAUAGGUCCCCGACCCAGGUCAAGAAGCAGGAGCGAAGAGAGAAGCUAGAAGAGAGGAGGAAGAAGAGCGAGGCGAAGCGGCAGAGGCAGAAGGCGGCGCUGGCCUCGGCGAGGCGGUAG